UUAUCCCGAUGGUCACUCAUCUGGGCCCUCGCAGUUGCCCCCACUUUGGUUCCCAGGGCUCUGGGCUUCCCUCCCCGACGACAGCCAGUUACCAUCAUAGCCGCCAGAGGGCGCCCGUUAACUCCUAAAUCAGAUCAUGGCUCCAUUUUUUUAAAAAGUAAAAGUCAAGCGCUCACAGCAGCCCACAGGCCUGAUCAACAUUACCCCUCCCCCUCACCUACCUGCCCUCACCUCCUGCCCCCUCUCUCCCUCUAUACCUCACUCUUCCUGGACUUACUAGGCGUGCUCCUACCUUAGGGCCUUUACAUCUGCAGCGUCUCCAGCUGGUAUGCUUUCCCCCAGAUAUCCACAUGGCUCCUUCCCUCACCUUCAGGUCUCAAAUCAAAUGUCACCUCCUCAGGGUGGCCCUCUCUGACCUCUCUCUUUCAACGGCCUUCUUUUCCCAAGAGACUAUUACUUAUCCCGUUUCGUCAGCUCCACAGUGUAUACCAUUCUGAAAAUAUGUAAUUAUUGUCUUCUCCAGCCCUAAACGGCAGGCGUCCUGCAGCAGGAGGCACCCAGCUUGCUCUCCACUUGGCCGCCUAGUACACAGUAGGUGCUCCGUAAAUGUUUGAAGGACUCUGUUAAGAGCCUCCGACCGCGACUCUCGCCUCCCAGGCUCACCCACGUGGCACCUGCAGCGUGAACUUUCCACCACGCCCUUGCACUUGCUGUGCCCCGGCUGGCCCCAUCUGAGCCGAAUGUGAUUCCUUCCUCACCCACCCCAUUUCCACGUUUUAUUUUCUUCACCGUGCUUAAGACUAUUUAAAAUUAUUUAGUUGCUUGAAUGUGCGCUCCCCAGCGCGGUGUUCCUGCACACAGAGAACGGUUCCUGCACACAGAGAGUGAAUGAAUCAAAUAAAGCGCUCAGCACAGCCGCAAAUAUCGACAUGCUGCUGGAGGAGGUCCGCGCCGGCGACCGGCUGAGCGGGGCGGCGGCCCGGGGAGACGUGCAGGAGGUGCGCCGCCUUCUGCACCGCGAGCUGGUGCACCCCGACGCCCUGAACCGCUUUGGCAAGACGGCGCUGCAGGUCAUGAUGUUUGGCAGCCCCACCAUCGCCCUGGAGCUCCUGAAGCAAGGUGCCAGCCCCAACGUCCAGGAUGCCUCCGGCACCACUCCAGCCCAUGAUGCAGCCCGCACUGGAUUCCUUGACACCCUGAAAGUGUUGGUGGAGCAUGGCGCUGAUGUCAAUGCACCUGAUGGCACCGGGGCCCUCCCCAUCCAUCUGGCAGUGAGAGAGGGCCACACCGCUGUGGUCAGCUUCCUGGCUGCCGAGUCUGAUCUUCAUCACAGGGACGCCAGGGGGCUCACACCUCUGGAGCUGGCAAGGGGGAGAGGCGCUAAGGAUCUCAUGGACAUACUGCAGUGGCACACGGUGGCACCACUGUGACCUGGGGCCACCCACUCCGGCAGCAGGACCCGGCUGGGUUCUGUCAGAAGAGGAGGGAAGAAACACUUUCUCCCUUUCUUCCUCCUGCCCACUGCCGAGGGGCACCAGUUUGUGGCUUGUUGGUGUUGAUUUCUGGGGUGUGUGUGUUUGAGGUACAUUUCUCAUUUUUUUUUUUUCUCACCCCUUUUGGUGUGUUGGGCAGAGAAGGGCUCCUGCAGGCAACAGCCACCUAAACGGUUCGGUUUCCUCCACGCCCCGACUGCUGGGGCUACAGAUGAGUCCCAAGGGCAGAGCAUUUAAAGCCCCAGCCCUAGAGUGAGGUCAUCGCUUCCAAGGCUCCUGGAACCUGUCGACCUUGGCCGGCUGUACCCAGAGAGAGACCUCAAGUGUGCACACUGCUUUCCGGCAUGGGGGAGGGGGGAGUGUUCCAAAUCAAUAAAAGGGUAGUAUGAGUUCAUUCAUAUUUUGUUGAAAGCUUGGUUUCCAGUCCCUUGUACAGCGUUAAAGAAAAAAAAAAGUCUAUUUAUUAUGAUUUAUGGAAGAAAUUGUUGUGUGUGUAAUUUAAUGUUUUUACCCAUUAAAUUAAGACUUGUGCAUGAUCA